AUGGGCUCACCGGUUUCAGCGGUCCUUGCCCAGCUAUUCAUGGACACCCUUGAGGUUGACUAUUACCGGAACAUCGUUACGGAAAGGGAAUCAAAUACCCACAAUAACGUUAAGGCAAGAUACAGGAGAGAGAUAUGGUCAAGUUUACGCAAAGCCAUUUUAAAAGUGGACGCUCGCUGCAAGAUCCUGGGAACGAUAAGGCUGAAGAUUGUUUCAGGGCUGGGGAGUUUUUCUCGGGCUUCUGAAUGCUCCAUAUAUAAUAGCUGCAAUCUCAUGAGAGCAGCAGCCAUGGUUGGAGCCACAGAGGAUCGAUGCGGAAGCAGCGAAACGCCAACGAAAAAGAAUGUACGUUUUAGCAAAGGCAGCUAUAGGAGUUAUCCAGUUGUGGAGGGAAUCCUUUGUAAUUCCAUGGUGACGAAGAUAGUUGGAAAGUCCACAUUGUCACCUUUCCUUGUCACAACUGUGUUGGCUUCGGAUGUGGGCUUAGGAUGCAAGCUCUUCCAUGCGGGAUCCCCUCCGAUACAACCAGAAGUCUGGUCACUGCUCGCAGGUCCCCUGGAAGCUGAUGAUCCGCAGGUAUUGGAGGUCCUUAAAAAACACUACCUCGACCCUCCCUCACUCCUGCCGUACAAUUUCACCCGAGGACUCCCAGAGAAAGGGUUCCGCGGCUUCACCUGGCCCUGGAUCCACGGCUGGUUGCAGAAGCUGUUCGCGGACCAGAGGGGCGGCUUCUUCGUCGAGGCCGGAGCCCUUGACGGGGAGUACCUGUCCAACACCUUGUGGCUGGAGCGCGACCUUGGCUGGUCAGGCCUGCUCGUGGAAGCCGCCGACACCAGCUUCAAGGAGCUAAGGCACAAGCACAGGAAAUCUUGGGCUUCGAACACGUGCCUGUCACCUGCGCCAUACCCCAAGCGCAUCACUUUCGUAAACCACUUCCUGACCAAUACUCAGCUGAACGUGAAUGACUUCUCCAGGUGGGCUUACCGCGGCCACAGCCAUGAGUUUCGGCAAGACAUCCCGCAGGCUGACUUCGGGGCGCACGACCACGCCAGCUACUCCGUGGUGCAAUGCUUCCCCCUCCUUUCGUACCUCAAGGCGCUCAACGUGACCCAGGUUGACCUGCUGAGCCUCGACACGCAGGGCUCCGAGGCGGACAUCGUGAGGUCAUUCCUAGGCUCUGACGGAAUCAAGGUCAGGGUCAUAGUGGCUGAAAAUGAGUUUGGGAAAUUUGAUAAGAAGAUGAUGAAUGAGAUGAGAGAGAAUGGUUAUCUGCUUCUGGCUAGUCUUACUGACCUAGUGUUUGUAAGAAAGGAUGACCCUGUGUGGCAGCAGGAGUCCCUUGUGAGGAUACUGCAAGAUGACACUGGUCAAAUAAAUGGAUAUAAAAUGUCUUUUGAGGACUUCAACGAAAGCCGGCGAAGAGAUAUAUGA